AGCGGUAGCUGAGCAGUCCACCGGAUUGAAAACCCACUCUCUCUCUCUUCCGCUUCUCCCCCCUAAUCUCCGGACUCCAUAGCCUUCGCCUCUCUCCGUUCGAUCGACCUUUGCAUGGCAGCAGUGGCUACCUCCAAGGGGCGGGUGAUCGCUGGAAGCUUCGUCGCCCGCGUCCUGGCCGGCAAGGCCACCUCCCCGAGGAGGGCCGUGAGCGCCUCGGCGUACGACAAGAACGUGGAAGACCAGGUGCGCCCGGCCGUGGUGCCGGACGAUGUGAUCGGCAGCGUCGGGAGCCCUGACAAGUACUGGGGUCCUCACCCGACCACCGGCGUGUUCGGCCCGGCGGCGGUGGACGCCAAGGCGGCGGCGGCGGUGGCUGGCAUCGCGAAGGCCGGCGGCGCGAAUGGUGGCGCCACCGUGCUGGACCAGAAGGUGUGGUUCCGCCCGCUCGAGGACGUCGAGAAGCCCCCCGUCGCCUGAUCGGGCUGGCUAAUCCAGGCCUCGUACGAGCCUGAUCGUUGCUGCUAGCUAGUGCCGUGGUUCUCUGCUAGUAUAGUAGUAUCAGCAAGACAUGGCAUGCAGCACCGGUAGUAGUAAUAGUGAUGCGAUGCUGAUGCGCAAAAUAAGAACAAGCAAAAGACGUGUGCUCAUGUUGCUUGUGGCCGUGUUGUACCUGUGUCCUAAUCCGUACUAUAAGUAUUUGGAUCCUGGUGAAUCUAUUCUGAGCGUGAUGCUGCAGAAUAUUCUACUA